AGUACACUGACUUCUCAGCCCUAAUGUAAAGUUUUGACAAACGGCGUAGUAAUUCAGACAUCUCUGGAUCAUUUCAUCCACAUCCAGUAUCGAAGUCGGACUCCCCGGCCGACUCCCUUCGCGGCUUCGCCUUCCGGCAGGCGCCAGCACGCAGCACGGAAGCGCCUCCAUUCCGCCAGGCGACAGCACCGCAGAAGGCCUCGUCAGUCGCCUGCACUCCGCCACUUACCUUUCGGCAGUUCGGCCGAUUGGCCCUUCUCAAUUUUCACCUUCCUACUUUUCUGUAGUUCCGAGUUGAUUCGCUGCAUGAGAGAGCAAAUACAAAUGGAAAUGAUUUGUUAGUCAUCUACUACAUUGUAUAAUGAGUCUGGUUUCACAGUUAAGGCAUCGUUUGCCUACUCUACAACUCAUAAGACAGCGUAUUCUGUACAAUGCGACGGCACAAUCACCUCCUUUUGGAAAGACACGACACUUCUCUCAACCUGCCAGGAAAGAGGAAGAGGAGGAGGAAGUAGAAUUUGACCAGAGAAGACUUCCAGCUGAUUAUGACCCCGCAACAUUUGAUCCAACAGAGCAUCGCAGUCCUCCAACAGAGAGAGUGUGGAGGCUUGUUGAUGAAGUUUCAGGACUCUCAUUGGUUGAAGUAGCUGAGCUGUCUGGGAUUUUGAUGAAGAGGUUGGGUAUGACUCAACAACCCACAGUGGGGAUUAUGAAGGCGGGAGAUGCUGCUGGCAUGGCAGUGAAAGGAGGGUCCACAGCAGCAGCUAAGGAAGAAAAGAAGCCUGAAAAGACCAUUUUUGAGCUGAAGCUAGAGUCUUAUGAUGCUACUCAAAAGAUCAAGAUAAUUAAAGAGGUCCGCGGCGUAACUGAUUUAGGUCUCAAGGAAGCAAAGGAUUUGGUGGAAAAGUCACCCGCCGUGUUUAAGAAAGGAGUGUCAAAGGAAGAAGCAGAGCAAAUUAUUGAGAAGAUGAAAGCAGUUGGGGCCAAAGUUGUCAUGGAAUAACGGAAAGUAGUGCAGAUUUCUCUCUUGUUGAUAUAAUGAUUUUUCUACACCCAAUCAAUUGAAUAAUGGACUCUUCAUGUUUUAGUAAUCUUGCUUUUGGUUUCGUCUUCCAUUUAGAGAUAGUUUCAAAAUCCCCUAGCAUGCUUGAGUUGCAGUUUGCUUCUGAAUUGCAUAUGAGCAUUUCAAACUAAUGUCAGAAAGCCUUGAUCAUUUUUGGUGGAUGAUUUAACAUGUUAUGGGCAUUGAUGAUUUAUAAUAUGUGUUAUUAUGCCGUUUUGUGUGUUUGUAGAA